GCAGUAGCAGAACAUAGCUGGGGAAGGAGGAGGCCAAGGCUGGAGUCGCUGCGGAGGAAUGGGCAACGUUUGAUCCGGAGAGGGUUUUCUGCAAGCCGGGAGAGACGUCAAUGAGUCAUGGAGGACAGCGGUGGCUACAUAGAGUUCGACGUACCUGAGUUCAGCAACACUGUCCUGAAGCAGCUUAAUGAGCUGCGCCUCCAGGGUAAGCUCUGUGACAUCAUCGUGCACAUCCAGGGCCAGCCGUUCCGGGCACACAAGGCCGUCCUGGCUGCCAGCUCACCCUACUUCCGUGACCACUCAGCCCUGGGCACCAUGAGUGGCCUCUCCCUCUCCGUGAUCAAGAGCCCCGAGGUUUUUGAGCAGCUGCUGGCUUUCUGCUACACUGGCCACAUGGAGCUCCGCCUGCGCGAUGUAGUCAGCUUCCUCACCGCUGCCAGCUUCCUGCAGAUGCAGGCUGUUAUCGACAAGUGCACUCAGAUCCUGGAGGGCAUCCACUCCAAGAUCAGCCUCCCCACUCCCAGUGGGAUGGAUGGUGAAGACGAAGAGCGUGCUGCGGCUGCCUCCCAGGCCGGACGCAACGGCCUGAAGGAAGUGGGUGUUUUUGUAAACCCCAUGCAGAUUUCCCCAACAUAUUACCAGCGAAAGAGCCUCAGUGGAGAGGCGAGGGGCUCAGGCAGGACGCCGGCACUGUUUUCUGAGGAGGGGCAGUCAGACCGCGGGAGCAGCGAUGGAGUGUCUGAGCAGGAGGCAUCCAUGGAGGCCGAGACCGAGCAGGUGGACCUGAUCGGGAAGGAUGGCCAAGUGACUGAUGUCCACAUCAAACUGGAGAAAACGGACCGCCCCACCUACUCGGAUAGCUCGUCGGCAGGUGACGACGGCUACCACACGGAGCGGGUGGACGGAGAGCAGGUGCUGGCUGUGAGCGUUGGCGCGUAUGGGCCGGUGCUGCCCCCUGCUGGCUACACCUACUCAGCGCUGCCCUCAUCCUGUUUUGUCAGCAUCAGUCCAUCUAGCCCCUCUCGCUCCAUCCUCAGUGGGUACCGAGGUGGCCGGGCCAGGCUCAAGCGACCGGUCCCGGUGCCGGCUGAGGUACUCACUCAGCUCAAGCCAGGCACGGAUGAUGGCGAGGGGGCGCCAGCGGCAACUAGCGUCUUUGAGAACGAUAUGAGGGAGCGCAGCCUGCGGGGCCACUGGUACCCCUCCAACGAGCGCCUCAUCUGCAUCUACUGCGGCAAGUCCUUCAACCAGAAGGGAAGCCUAGACCGACACAUGCGCCUGCACAUGGGUAUCACGCCGUUCGUCUGCAAGUACUGUGGCAAGAAGUACACCCGCAAAGAUCAACUGGAGUACCACAUCCGUGGACACACCGACAACAAACCCUUCCACUGCCAGAUCUGCGGCAAGUGUUUCCCCUUCCAGGGAACCCUCAAUCAGCACUUGCGAAAGAAGCACACGGUCUCAGGUGCUGAAGCCACCAACACCGCGGACUUGCAGGGGGAUGCUGCCGAUGGCCAGCGGGGGGCACUAGCAGAUGUCUCAGAAGGAGCCUACAAAGCUCCAUAUGCAAGUGAUGAGCCAGCGAAAGAAUUUGGCAAAGAAAGUGCCAAGAGCAGUCCCCAGGAAGCCCCUGCAUCCAGAUGUGAUUAUUAAGAUCCUUUUUUUGUUGAUGGGUGGGUUGUUCAGCGACAAGGAAGCUUUACGGUUGCUAUUUUUGCGAUUACGUGAUUUUAAAAGAAGCAGUGGAUGAUGAACCUGCCGUGUGCAUUUUUUACUUGUCUGUUUUUGUGAGUCAUCUGUUUGUGUAACAUGGGACACGAGAAGAAUUUUUUUCAAAGGGAAAGAAUUGGGUAGGAGGUCUCAAUAAUCAAGGCCUUCAAGAUUUUUUUUUUCCUUUCUUUUUUUUAUUGGGUAUAUAUAUAUAUAUUUCCAUGUUUUUAAACAUAGAGUAAUAUAGGCAUGUUGCAAUAAUGAAUAAUGUGAAAGCUCAGAUAAGAUGUUUGUCAUAUGCUUUUACCUGACCUGUGUUUGCACACGUGGCCGAAAGUAGGGCCAUAAUUCACCCGGAUUGGUUUGAUCUGCCAGUGCAAAAGCUUUGUGUGACACAUCCAUUCAAUACCUCAUCAUACAACGUAACACUCAUAACAGACAGUAUUUUAAGCUUAUCCUCAACUUUAACCGGGUUCUACCUCAUAGUCAAGAACCUGAAAGGAAGUAAGAAGCCUCUCUUAAGCAUAUUUGUCAUAGCAUUUAAAUAUUUCACAUAGCAGACUCCUGGCACAAAUCAUCACUACACAAAGCCUUGGUACUACCGUACAAUUUUCCUUAAAGAUUGUAAUAAAUUUGGAUGGGGUUUUUUUUGUGGGGGGUGUGUAGAGAGAUUGUGUAUGUUUUUGAAAAAGGUGCUUAAAACGGUGGUAAGAUUAGGGAGUUACUUGCCUGUUAAAUGCAAUCAGGUGCAUUGAAAAUAGGGUGUUCAUCACAGAAUAGCAUGAUAUAUAGCCUAACUUUGCUUCUUUUUAUCAGCUUGGACUAAGUUUUAUAUUUAGAGGCUAUUGCUGUGAGGGGAAAGUAAAUAUCAGCUUUUGUUCUAUAUCUUCAGAGAAGUUUAAUGGAAGUAAUUUAGUAUACUAUUUUAUUAUAAAUUUUAGGGUUGCUUAUUUUGAUUCUUAUUGUCUUUGCCAUCUACAUUUGUUGUUCUUUUAAUACAUAAUGUUCGUUUUUCCAAGCACAGAUUAUUAUUUGUGCUAUACCAGAUUCUUCACUGUACAAGUAUAAUCUGAAACUUAAGAAACCUGCUUCUCAACUUUAAACAAGUGUAGAAAGUCUCAAAACAGUGUAUGAUUGUAUCAGACAUGUAAUAUUACUUGGAUCAGGAUUGCAGCAAAAUCAGACUUUUUUUUUUUAGAUGCAUUUGUUUCUGAAAUAUUGUCAUGCAAUAUUUUUGCAUGUUUUUUCUUGCUAAAGGUUUGUGAAUACCUCUUCACAAAUGUAACUUUGAAUAGAGAUUCUGCUUUGUUUGGAACAGAGCUGCAGUUGACCACUUUUCACCGUGAAUGGAUUUGUGUGUAGCUUUGAUGAAUCAAAUUUAAGGUUGUUCUUUGAAGCCCUUGGACACUUUAACCUGUGAGGUCUGAUGGAAAAAAGAGAAUAUAAGUCAUCGUCAAAACGUUGUGGUUUAGGUGUAACUACAACUUUGCAAAAUUUCUGUUGUGCAUAUAGACAGUUCUUGGGAGUAAAAUCUUUUGUUGCCUUUAAAAGUUCUAAAAGUUUAGAUUUUUAGUGUUAAAGCAUAAACCUCUCUCCUUGUGAAGAAACUGUUUUCUGAGACUGCUGGCUUGGAAAUUGUGCGUCUAAGUGCGUAUACUUUGGGCACCACUGGUAUGAAGAAGACUUCUGCCAUGUUUUUGCUGUGUUGGAAGCAAGCCAACGUGGAUUUUGAAUUUUCUUCUUUACAACAUGGAGAAAUUUGUCGUACCAAACAGUAGUAUAGGCUUUGGUGUUUAAAAUUGCAUAUACAUUUAAGAGAGAUGAUGAUAGGUUUCUUAUGUGUUUGGGUGCUUACAUAAGGGGUUGCCAUGGUUCAAAGUUGACAGUCAUACAGAGCUUAAAAGGACCCGAUAAACUGGUGUUGAAAAUGUAAUUGUACUUUUUAAAAUAUUGCCGCCAGAGCAAAAUCAUUCACAAUACAAUUUUCUUUAGAUAUUUUGUUCUGAGACUGAAUAGUAUCAUGAUAAGUUAAAUAAUUUCUUAAACUGAUUGAUUGCUAAAAAGCAUAACACAACCACUGAGUUGGCAAAAAACAAAAUCAGGCUGUUUUUGUUUAAGUUGGGCUAAAGUGUUUCUCUUGUGUAAACAAAGGCUGUAUGCACAGAGGAGAAAACGGCAAUAGUUAGCCAAUGUUUAGCCUAGUGCUAUCAAUUUAUUUAUGUGUGUGAUCAUUUGUAACUUUUGGAAAACUAUAAAUUUGAAAUCCUUAUUAAUGCGAAUCAGAAUUCUAUGUAAGAGACACUAGUCAGGAAUGUGGAUUUUCUUUGUGUCAAUAGCCAUAUUUUAGAAAAAAUAAUUAUAAAAUAUCUGUACUUUUAAAGGCAUCAAAAGUUGAUCUCUCUGUGGAAGGUCUAUGGAACACCAUUGCCAAACAUAAAUCUCAUAUAUAUUAUUCCCCCCCCCAGUGUGAUUAUGGUGUUUACUAUAAUCUGCAUGGCCUCCCGUGAUAGGUGAGUGCUAAUUUAGAUUGUUUGUUUGUUUUCUAACAAAUACGUGUGUGGACAUUAACAGGAGGGUCCUAACACCGUCUUGUUCCUCAUAUUACAGGUCCACUAAAAAGGUUGUGAUAUGCACAAGUGAUCUGUGGCUUUUUUGUCUGAUUUGUUUUGAAAUGACUAAUUAAUAUUGCUCUCAAUUUUUGGUCCUCCAAAUUUCGCUGCCAUAUUCUUUCAUAUAAAAUGAAAUCUGUAUGGCUUCAUUCUCCAACAGACUGAAAGACGCUUGUCUAGUACAACACAAAAUGCCUGCUCACAACAUGCCACUUGAUAUUUGUCUUCAUUUCUAUACAAAAAUACCUGUGUUUUGCAAUUUUGGAGUAUUUAUCUGGCAACGUAUAGCACUUAUUCUGGAGUGAUGGGUGGUGAUUAUCCCUUAUGUAAAGUAUGGUAGAAGUUCCUCUACAGCAUUCCUUAUAAUGCGGCAUUUUAUAUACAUUUUUCUUUUGUUUAUGCAAGAAUAUUUAGUUUACCUUACAACCUAUUUUUUCUGAUGUUGCUUGAGAUCCAAUGUUACUUUAUAAAUUCUUGUCAUUUUAAAAUUCUUUGAUUGAAACCCUUCUGUUACACAAAGGUUGGUGUUUCAAAAUGAGCUUCUGCACUGAACAAAAAUUACAGCCUUUCACAGAUGAUUCAUUCUCGAUGGGAUUCUGCUCUUCCUCUAUUGAAAAUGUUUCCAAAACAUUAUUUUUUAAUUAUAAUGCUUUUAUUGUUGCUACAUUUAUUUUGUCUUUGAGCUUUGACCAUGCAUGUGGCAUUAUUGAACAUGGAGCCAAGUCAUCUGAAGUAGUGUCAUUUAUAUGAUCCCCGCAGGACUGUUUUCUUCGAAAAUAAAGAUUACUGAUAAUGAGGGCCAAAACUGCAGAUACAUAAACCAAGAUGUGUCUGUAAUCAGAUUAAUCCUAAGAGGGGGCUUUAAACAUUCUUCUGGUAAAAAUAAAACGGCAUUUAUUAGCCCCCUCUGGAUACUUUAAUGCAAUUUUGGCCGCUUACCAAAGAGCAAACCAAAAAAAAUGUGUAAUGUUGGUUAUAUAUGCAGCACAGUCAAGUAAAGAGAACAACCCAGAAGCCUGAGAACAAUCUGUGGGAGUAUGUGGAAACUGUUUUCUGCCUCAUUGCCCAAACUCCCACAGCUUUUACAAAGGUUCUCAUAUGGUCAUGAGGAAAUCUUACCAAGAUAUUUGAUUUUGAAUGGAAGCCCCCUCCCCCCUUCAUGGAGCAAGUUAAUGUUCUUUAAUUGUGCCCCAGCUGUGCUGUGUAGUAAAGGUAAACAUGACUUAAGCCAUAAAAGUGUUGCAAAGUAGUAGUGAAAAGACUGAAUGUUUUGGUUUCUGUGGAGAAAAAAUGGAAUGGUUCGGGAAAUGAUCUAUGUUAUGGUUAAAUCUGUGCCUUGCCACCAGAAAUGUUGACUUCCCUGACACAUCCCUUUUCAAAAUUAUCUUUAUAGGACAUAGUGUCUAUUUGUGCAUGUAUCAGUUCAUUCUUGCCAUAUGUAUAAGAUUUAUCUAAUGAUUACAUGCUUAUUAAUCUAUGUUGUUGUUUUUGUUUGUUUGUUUUUUUGCUUUGAUGUUUAACAUCUGUAAUCAUCCUUUGAGGUUUUAUGGAGUUAAGAAGCUAAAUGCUGUAGCAUAGGAAAUGUAAUAUGCAGUUCUGACUGGAAGAAAUUGUAGCACGUCACAAGGAAAUGGGACAAUCAGACAGCUUCAGACACUGGAAGCUACCUCUUCAAAUAAAUCAGUGAAUUAUAGCUUGAGCUAUUAAUUUAUCUUUUGAUAAGAUCUCGCUAGAUUUAUUAUUUUAACUGUGCCAGCCACUCUGUAGUUUAUUAUUAAAAGUGCAUGCUAGACCACUUAGAUGUAAGAUGUAUUGCAUGGUGGUCAUCACAUAUAUGAUGAAAUACUGAAAUGCAGAUUUUCUUUUUCUUGUUUUAACUUCAAAAUAUUUUUUUAAACAUUUUAUUAUGUUUGUCUGGCAUGCACUUAAGAUUUUUCUUUUUUAAAUAUAGUAAAAACAUUAUAUUCCAAAUAGAGGGGGUUUGCUUAUAUCUUACUCCUCUUUAAUGGGACUCAAAUAUAAGGCCUCAAAUAAUUCAUUUCUAGGGAGGUUUAACCCUUUGUAAUGGUGCUUUUAGCCUGGUCAGGUGUAUUUAUUGAUGAUUUUAUAUACAAAAUAUACAUAUAGGUUAUAGGGGCGAUAAGGUUUAUUACACAGUUGUGAGUGGUUUUAAGAAUUGUUAUACUCAACCAACAAACUUACCUUGACAUUACUGAUAGAUGUUCACUCUUUUGCUUGAAUCUUCACAGAAAUGUUCAGUGUGGGCCGUGUACAGUAAUCAAAAAGAAGUGUUUACAGGGAGGACUGUGGGACUACUUUUUGAAUCUGCAGCUUGUUCUUUUAUUAAAGCUGAAUUUCUUCAGGUAGUUUAUGAACACUGAUAUUAGUUAUAAAGAAAAGAAAAUCUUGAAGUCUUCCAUUGCUUCUCUGCUUCCAACAUGUCUCCACUGUGUAAUAUGCAAAAAGCAAUAACCUUUUUAAGAGCAGUUUGUUACGCUGCCUCUUAGAUUACAGAAAUUUCAUGUCUCAAGAUGUGGUCAUAGGAUGCCAGGAAGUCAACACAAGAUGGUGGGGGAGGGGGGGGGGGUAUUAGAACAAGUUGCAUAAGGUGCUUCUGUUGUGGUCACCACCAUAGUCCAAAGCCCUGAAGAGUUAAGGCUAUGAGUAUUUCAGAGCUUUGUGCAUGUGUGGAGCUGCUCAUUUUGUUUGUGCAUUUACUCCAUCCAUCUGCCGCCUCUGCAUCCGGUUAAACAUUGCACCUUUGAGCUAUGUCAAAUAUGAAAGGUAUCUUGGGAGGGAUACUUUGCUUACUUUGAGAGCCACAAAGAUCUCCAUCACUUCCUCGUGUACUGGGACUGCAGGUCAAAUUGGACAAUCAGAGACUGAAUGGACCAUACUACAAUAAGUAUGAUUUUGGUGGAUUUCUGAUGUGCAGCAAUCUCAAACUCUGUUAGCUUCAAAUUCUCAUGUGUUCGAUUAUAUGGCAAAAAAAAAAAUAAUGGUAGAACUCAGGGCUUAGUAUUCAGAAAUGGCCACUUUGGAUAUACAGUGUGUGUUGUAUGUUCAAAUCAACCUAAUUGUGCACUUUUACUUCAGGUUCACCCCCCCCCCCC